AUGCUUGAUGUUGCUGUUCGUGUUGAAUCUAUUCGUUCAUUUGCUUGUAAUCAAAUGGCAAUUCUUCUUGAAAAUGAUUAUGUUUUUAUUCAUGAUUCAAAUUCUACAGUUGUCCCCGAAGUUUUAUAUGCUGCUGCAUGGAUUUGUGGUGAAUUUUGUUCGUAAGUUAAUAACGGGAAAAAAAAUUUAUUGAAAGAAUUCUUGUUUUACUUUUCUCUAUAGUUAUUGAAAAGAACCACAAAAAAUUCUUGAAUCAAUGCUUAAUACAAAAAUAACUCUAUU